AUGGCAAACAUAAGCUCUCUGGGCACUGAAAUUCUCGUCGAAAUCCUUCAAUAUGUUGACGAUGAGUCUCCUCGAACCACCAAGAGAUCUCUUGUUCUCGUAAACAAGCAUUUCUAUGCCGCCACCCAGCUGGUCGCUCAUCGUCGAAAGACCAUCUGCUACACUGAUAAUACACUCAAAGAAACCCAAAAGCGAAUUCAGACGUGGCUUCAGGAUCCUCUCGUGCUCCGAAAUGUGCGGCACCUGACUUUGACUGGGUAUAUGGACCGAACCGACCGCCUAUCUGGACACCCAAAACCUUGGUCAUGUGAUCUCACGUUAAUGUGGGCUCCUCUCGUUAAGCUUGUCACAAAGGCAGCGCGUCUCACAAAGGUCAGCUUCGACUUUGACACAGUCCAAUUCCCUCUUCCGUUGCUGCAGGCACUUCAAACUUAUCAUCCUCAAGUCAAAUUGUAUAUAUGGGGAUAUCAUCGUGAAGAAGAACUUGACCACACCGAUCCAGCUGAGCAGGCUUUGGCAAUUUCACCCAUCCUGCGGGGCAUCAAAUGCGGCGCGUGGGUAGAUUCAUUCGGCACAAACAUCGAUCUAAGAACUGCGGCCUUUCAGCGUAUUGUCGCUAAUGCACCGAAUCUCGAACUGGCCUCGUUCAGUAGAGGUCGCACCGGUUGUAUGGGACGUUCUUCAACACUCGAAGAUCAAGUACGAGAGCGGGAAGCUGCUGCCAAAUUCUUCCUAAACUCCCGCGGACCUAAUACCUCUAUUCGAAAGCUUGUUCUCGAUGGCUUCGCCCUUAGCAAGCAGACCCUAGUCGAAUGGGGUAAACACGUUUCGCUUCCACAUCUGGAUGACUUGAAAUGUUCUCGUGGCACGCCUGAACGCACAUAUUUCGAAGCUGCCCCGGCUCUCCUUACAAACCUGAAACACCUGUCCCUAAAUCUGUCCAGUGCCAGUAAGCAUUCGGAAAUACCUCGUCUACUCGAGGGAUACUUGGCUACUUGUGCUCCGUUGGAGACCGUCAGCCUAUGGAGUUGGAUGGGCGUGGUCUCGAUUGACACGAUUCUGAAGCAUGGUACAACUCUCAAGAAGCUCGAACUACACGAAAGGGAGGCAUAUGUGUUUGAUUGCAGACGCGGCUUACUCUCGGUUGAGGAUGUAAGACGCAUACGGAAGGAAUGUCCUCGCCUGGAAGACUUGACUCUUGAUCUGGAUCGGGAGGAUGCAGACUGGCGAAAGGAUCUCGAUUAUCAUAAAGACAUCCUUGAGGAGCUCGCGCAGCUUGGCAAGCGAUUACGAAGAAUACAAAUUUACCUCGACCUCGGUGUUGCCAUGGCUAGUCUCCCUUGUGCCAUGGCUGCCCAGCAAGCUCAAAGUUUCCCAAUCAUCAUACCGGUAGCUGGAAUACAUGACAGCGAGAGGGUAACAGACGACGCAGCAAUUGAUGCAGCGAACGUACCCGCGGAACAUGUCUACAGAGGGCCUUUCAAGCCUCCAUCAACAGCGGAAAUGUGUAAGCACGGUCGACAGCUUUGGAAAACCAUCUUUGGUGAGCCAACACAGCUUGGCCCUCGAGAACUUGAUAUCAAGUGGGGCGAAUGGGAACGUAAACUAGGCAGCGGACGCCCAGCUAAUUGGGUCUUUUGGGAACAGCGCAGGAAGAGGUAUCUGGCGGUGCGACCAGAGGAGAGAGACGACAGGCCUGGCGAAGCGAUUGUACAUGUUCAGGGUGGGUUAAGACACCAAGAUGAUGACGACGACCAAAACGACAACUACUCCUAUUGA